GGGGCAGCCUCUCCCUUCCUCUUCUGCUCAGCCGGUCCUUCCGCCUGCGGACGCCUCCUGGGCUCUCUUUCGCCUUAACGUCUAUCUAGGGCCCUGCAGCAACAGCAUUUGAGGUGAAGAUGGAGCUCUUAGGAGAAAUAUAUUUUAGCUCAUUUAUGAAGAACUUUCAUUUUAUGUCCUUUUUGAGUGAAGGGAAAACUCCCUGGAAAGCAUUCAGUGAGUUUGGAGAGUCAUAAUUUGGACUGUCAUCACCAGUGAGUUUCCUUCAAGUGGAGUAGACCAGUCCUGGGAGGAUUUCUACAGACCUCGGAGGUGGAGACUCUGGAUGAGCCAAGAAGAUGUCAGACAGCUCGAUGAAGAGACACUUAGUUGUUCCCAUGUGUCUAACGAUCCGGAUGUUUGGCUUCUGAAAAUGAAAACAUGGGGAGCAUGAAGCAAUGUUUUCACUUUUCAGCUAGAUUUUGGUAUCGUCUUGAGACCAUUAUUGAGAAGAGCCAGGAAUAAAGGAUUUAUGCAAGAAAUGGGAUCACCCUAGAGCACCAGUGGCCAGGCCUGGAAAUCACUGAAAUCCUACAGUAGGAACUGUGAUGGGCAAAGAAGGAUGACUGCUUGCUCUCCAAUAGUAAGCAAUUCCUGUGGAAAAAUUAGACACUUCAGCAAAAUCGCCUGCACAACGUUAACUUCCAAAGCUGUGCUUGAUAAGUGGACUAUGCCUUGAAAGAACUCCUUAACCCGCAGCCUCUCUGACCACCCAGUUGACAAAGACCCGCAGGUCAUGAGGACUGGUCAAAGACAGUGAGAGGACGUGAAAGGGUAAAUCCCUGUGCCCCGCAGUCCUAUCUCCCGCCCUGACGUCCCUGCACACCGGCCAGAGGGUUAACCGUAAGCGCGUGCCUGUAUGGCCGCUUUACUGAUGCCACGCAGGAACAAAGGGAUGAGGACCCGCCUGGGAUGCCUGUCUCACAAGUCAGACUCGUGUAGUGAUUUCACAGCUAUUCUUCCCGACAAACCCAACCGUGCUCUAAAGAGACUAUCCACAGAAGAAGCAACGAGGUGGGCAGAUUCCUUUGACGUGCUUCUGUCCCAUAAGUACCUUGCUUUGGAGUCAUAUGGACCUGGUAACGAAACUUGGCUCCUCUUGGCAGCUGUGGAACUGGGACGCUUAUUCGACUUCUAUGGGGUGGCUGCGUUCCGCGCCUUCUUGAAGACGGAGUUCAGUGAGGAGAACCUGGAAUUCUGGCUGGCCUGUGAGGAGUUCAAGAAGACCAGGUCAACUGCAAAGCUGGUCUCCAAGGCCCAUAGGAUCUUUGAGGAAUUUGUGGAUGUGCAGGCUCCGAGGGAGGUAAACAUAGACUUCCAGACCCGAGAAGCCACACGGAAGAAUAUGCAAGAGCCAUCCCUGACUUGCUUUGACCAAGCCCAGGGAAAAGUACACAGCCUCAUGGAGAAAGACUCUUAUCCCAGGUUUCUGAGGUCCAAAAUGUACUUAGAUUUGCUGUCCCAAAGCCAGAGGAGGCUCAGUUAGACCUCAGAUGGGGACUCUUGGAGAUCACUGGCUUUUCCCCUCCCUUUGCUGCCAAGACCAUAUUCUAAUGUGACAUGUCAUGGGUGUUCAAAAGGCAAUGACAUUUAGGUUGGGGGCCUGAGGAUGAGAAAUGGAUGAAAGGCCACUCCAAAGUAAGAUCCAGUCACCAGAGCUUGGACUCUAUUCCAUUUACCUAUGUUUGUGUUUCGGUUAGUGGUAGAACCUUGCUGCUGUAACCCUUCUUCUGGGUCAGCAACUUGCCCUCCAUAAUGCCUUGGGUCAUCUCCGCUGAGAAGACAGAUUUGCUAUGCUGGGCUAAUGUGUAAAUAAUGCAAAUGCAAUUUCCACCACUUCCACACCCUCCUCAGUUAAGAUUUCUGACCCUAACUUGUACUACACCCCUGUGAGGAAGAGCUAGAAGGCUCUGGUUCAUGUUUGUGAUUUGCUGUCACAGUGUAAUGGCCAGUCCUAGGUGCUGGGACCUCACAAUGUAGGAGAGAGGUCUCUGGGGAAUCCCAGGUUUCUAGCACUGUCAUUGACAGGUGGCCUUGGGAGAAGGGGCAAACUCCAUGAAGUUGGCUAUUUCUUUCAUUUCCAUUGGAUCAGUAUGAAAAGCUGUGAUCACUGCCCAUCUUAGCCCAGGAAAUUCACAAGACUUUUUUUUACCCUCGCAAUUCCAGGAAGGGUCUUAGGAGAUGUCUUUCAUGACUUCUGAUGUGGAGCUGCUUUUAAGAAAGAUACAGCUUGCAAAUCUUCCUCAAUUCUACCAAGAAGUAUUCCAGAAGUCAAAUGACCAGGGAACUUAGCACCGGUAGACUUAUUGUGCAAUGGGGCACCAUAUACCCUUUCUGUUGCUUACUGUAUUCUCUACCCUCACCUCCCUGUGGCAUCACACAUCAUUCAUCUCUUAGAAUGACAGACAGCUUGACAAAGGGAGGUGAAUUCCCAUAGCAUGGACAGCUCUCAUGGUGCCUAAUAAUUUCCUUGUCUCUCCCUGUCCCCCCCUUCCAUGCAGGUCAUGUAAUUAUGAUGGGGGAGAAUGGGAACUUAGGCUGUAACUCUUCAGCUUGCUUCCUGGAAGCAUGCUUUCUUAGAAAGGUCUCUCUCAUGAGGGCCACCUUGGCUAUUCAGCAACUUCCUUCUAGAUCUCUGACCUUUUGGGAUUGAACAUGGAACAGGAGGUGAGGCUAAGAUCACUGUGAACAUCUGGCUGUGGAGAAUCUUCCUAAAAUGCUUUCAUGCUACCCUGAGGCUGCUUUUGGAAAUGUGUCAGGAAACUCUUCCUUGGAGGAUGAGCUUAAAGCACUCUAGCUGCCUGAGAAAAAGUGGACUUUGGCACAAGUUUGCAGUGCCCAGGAUAUGAAUCCUCAGCAGAGAGACCAGAAAGUGGAAGAGGAGUCUGGAAGAGGCUGGUCUCUAGGUGUUCCAAAUCAUAGAGAAUGUGGUGGAGGUACUAUUGGGAUAAUUCACAGCCAAUGGAUUUGGAUUCAUUGCAGAUCUCCAAAACUUUCAGCUUGACUAAAUGAAAGAGCUAUGAUUAGACACAAGCUCUGGAGUUCGGGUGAUUGAGAACUGGGCUGAAGCAUUCUCCCCUUGUGGGGUGAUGGGCCUCUUUAGAUGCACGGGAUUCCAGUGUUUGCAUUCCUGUCCAGUAACUUUGUGAAUCUCUUCCUUCUUUGGCUGCAGCUGGACAAGGCCAAGGAGGCUCUUGAGUCCCACUGGGUGUUAGGGUCCAUUGCCCUGCCACGACACAUUAUAUCUGUAAGUGAGGGUUGGUGAGUCUGUCCGAACCAUCAAGGAGAGAGAGAACACAUGCCUCCUAGCCCUCACAAUGAAGCGUCCUGUGAAAUCUCAUGCUCAAGAACUCCGAAGCCUCAAAUGGGUGUUCCUAGUUAGAUCAGGUAGUAUUCCCAUGGCCUCACUGGUAAAAACAAAAACAAAAACAAAAACCCAUUCUUAUCUAAAGCUGCCAGAAUUAAUUUAAUGAUCAAAUUCUUGAACAGGGUAUUUUAAACAUUGUUUACAUAUGAAAUGUGCAUCUGCUGCCAGCUCUACUGUGGAAUAUGAGGCGCAUGUGAAUUGGAACAGCACAGAGUUAUGGAAAAAUGAAAUGUUUGCGAGGGGCCUUUUUACCACUUCCACUAUCCCCAGAAGUCUGCACAAGUGUUGGGCAGUGGCCUCACCUGAGGCCUGGUCUUGCCGACCGUUGGUGGAAUGAAGGCUGCAGAUGGUGGUGUCAUGGCGCUCCUCCAUAAUGGGGAGGUGUGAAGGACCACGCUUGGGUAUCCUGAAUGUUGCCACUAUGUGAGGUUAUGUGGGCGUGCGUGUGUGUGUAGAGGAACGUGAUAGCUAUUUUUAUGGUACUACCGUGGAGUGUCUGCGUGAGUGCACGUGUAUGUGACCACUGUGAGCAUGAGUCCAGUACACCACAGAGCUGGGCUUCCCAUGGGGUGGAGCUGUCCUCACACCCUUUCUGUCCUGCUUCCCACAAAAGGCACGGAGCUCUCUGCUCUGAUGCCAAUGUUCAGGCACUUAGGUUGUGCCAACCCAGAUUUUGGUCUGUGACGAAACAAAGAGAAAUGUUUACAACAUCUAGAGCAAUAUCAAAGCAUACCUCAUCCCUGACCUUCCAUGUCUCCCAGCGCUACCCUCUCCCCUAGUUCCUCUUCCACGGGCCCUCGUCCACCUCACUAGGCAGGCAUCUGCAGGUGCCACUUCUUCCAUGUAAGGUCUUCCUUUGGUCCUCAUGCCGGGCUCGUGCUGUGGACUGCCUUCCGGGCUCAAGUCUUGCUCUGGGCCUGGGACCUUUGAAGACCCAGGGCAAGCCAGGGCAGUAGGCCAGGCAGAGCUGUGAUUUUUAGGACUGCUCUCCACCCUGCAAGUGGCCUUUUGGCCCCACUUGAGUGUCAACCUCUUUCUAGGCUGGUGUGAGAUUACCUGUUGCCUUCGGCAAACCAAAUAGAACAUAAUCAAUGACAACCAUUCAUAGCCCCAGGGUGCCGGUGGGGUGAGCAUGGCUAGGGCUUACGAGAAAGCCUGUUACAAGUGCUAAUUCCCAGGUGGCACACCCAGAGAUGCUGAUCCAAAAGACCCGGGGAGGGGGGGUACCCAGAAAAUUGCAUUUUUAGUAAGUUCCCAUGGAGUAGGCUUUGAAAGAAGAUGGUCUUAGACAGUGGCUCCCAGCAUUGGCUGCUCCUUGGAAUCACCUGGGGAGUUUUCAGACCUAAAUGUCCAGGUCCCACCCCAGAACAGCUUGGGGCUGGGACCCAAGAGAGCCGUGGUUUUUAAAGCACCCCUGGUGAUUCCCGCACGGAGUUAGGAAGCACCGGCCUGGGGAUUGAGGAGGAGCACGGCUGAGCUUACACAGUGGCGUGGCCUGGAGGGCUGGAGCCCACCCAGAUGCAAACAGGCACCUGCCAGUCCUAAGUCGGACUCUGGGUGGCCGCCGCUCUGUGCUGUCUCAGCCUGAUGUGCUCCUUUGAGAUAAAGAAAUGUCUCUGCCCCAGCUGCAUGCGGCGUGAGGCAUCGGGUAGGCCGGUGGCCGGUGGCCGGAGCUCUGGAGGGUAGUUGAGUCAGAGAAGUUUGGCUCCGCAUCUGAGUCUCAUUCGUAGUGCUUCCUCCAAGCUCACCUCCUGGGCUUCUCCGUUUGUGUGUGUUCAUGGGUUCUCUGUUGGGCCAUUUGCAUUAGGUUGUGCCUCUGUGUCCAUGGCCCUGCGACAGGGUAGUUGGAUCUCAGGUAGGGGGCAAAGGGUGUGUCCCAUCCUGGGAACAUCAUGCUCCUUGGGGCUUUCUUUUCCAAGGCCACAGUGAGGUUUCAGUUCCUGCUCUAAGCCCUCAUGAUUCCCUCUUUGGUCUCAGGCUGGAUGGGCUGCUGGAAGGUUCCUAGCUGAUUUUCUUCUCUGGUGCUCCCCCCAGAACUUGCUGCUCUGGACAAACCAAAGCUGUGAAAUGGCGUUCUGCCCGGGCUGCGGGCCCAGCCUCUGGGUGCAGGGAGGGCCUGGGUGCUUUUCCUCGGCAGGGCCGGGGUGUCCCCGGGACCCUGGAUCCUGGACUGUGAGGAAAAGACAUGAACCCGUUGUGUGGAGAGCUGGGGGAGGGUAGGAGCAGGGAAGACUGAAGAGGCAGGAACAGGGUGGGAAAGACAAGCGGCUGAUGCGGCGUCUGCUUCUCCACAAAGCAGAAGGGAUAGGUGAAAAGCGGCACAUUCAGAGGCAAGACGGCCCCCAUCGCCAUGAGUGCCCUGAACUCUCCUGAGCCUGUCUGUGCCUACUUCCAAGCAAAGCAGAGGAAUUCCAUUUUCCAUCUGACUCUGUCCUGCAGUCAGCCGAGUGUCAACCCUCUUUAAAUAUGUGUCUCUCCGGAUUAGAAGCAAGAGAGGCGGCAAAGUCACCCCUGCCUUGGAGAACCUGUGCCAUGUGGCAGGAGAUCGUGGAGGAAGAAGCCAAGAGCAGAAAUGUCUUCCUGUCCCCGUGGCCUCUCAGAACCCCAUAGGAUGCUGUGGACCGAGAUGGGAGACUGCAGAACAGGGCCACUGGCCUUCCCAGGUGUGGGGUCUAGGCCCUUUCAAUAAACUGUGCCCUUGUUGGUUGUUACUCCCUUUGGACCCUUCUGCUGCCUUCCCUCUGCCAUGUGCGGGACGGGGUGGCUGGGCUGGGCGUGCGCGCCAGCCUCGGUAGCGUAGCCGAGUCACGCGGCGUGCGCUGAUGGAGCCCUCUCCGAGUUGUUUCAUUACUGUGCAAAGUGGAAUAAUGUCAUUCACCUUUACCAUAGACAAGGCUGUGAGAACAUAAUAAACAGAACCUGAACACGCUGCCCUUCGCUCUCUGCCCACAUUUCUGGCCAGCGGACUCUUCACGAGGAGACGCUUCACGUAACACGUGGACCCCCCGCCCUCGGGGAGGGAGCACGUGGCCUCUCCA